GGCGGGCCUUGGCGGGAGCUGGUCCUGAUGCUGCCGCCGCCGCCGCCGCCGCCGCUCGGGGCUGCGGGAGACAGUGGGGACCAUGGGGCUGGUGGCUUGCAAAGGGCACUAGCCUCUGCCUGUGAAGAGGCCUCAACUCUGUGACCCCCUCCCCCCCACCAUCAUGGAGCCCCUGAAGGAGAGGGCUGGGUGGUGUGCAGGGUACCGGGGGGAGGAGGCUGUCGCUGAAAUGAGACCCUUGCUGCAAGAGGACAUCGGCCAGGACGGCAUUGCGAUGGGGGUUGAGCCUACAGGCUGGGGGACAGAUGACCCAGACUUAGAGGAGAAUGAGGUUGGCACAGAUCCUGUUCGGGUCAUGAUGUUGCCACUUCAAGCCCAGCAUGCCAUGGAGAAGAUGGAAGAAUUUGUCCUGAAGGUCUGGGAGGGCCGCUGGUGUGUCAUGCCUUAUGAUGUGCUGCCUGACUGGCUGAAGGACAAUGACUUCCUCCUCCAUGGGCACCGGCCGCCCAUGCCCUCCUUCCGUGCUUGUUUCCGAAGCAUCUUCCGCCUCCACACGGAGACAGGCAACAUCUGGACACAUCUGCUUGGGUUCCUCUUCUUCUUGGUCUUGGGCAUUGGAUACAUGAUCAGCCCCAACAUGAAGUACGUUGCCCCCAUCCAGGAGCGUGUUGUCUUUGGAAUGUUCUUCUUGGGAGCCAUCCUUUGCCUCUGCUUCUCCUGGCUGUUCCACACGGUCUACUGCCACUCAGAGGAGGUUUCCCGCACCUUCUCCAAACUGGAUUACUCUGGAAUCGCCCUGCUCACCAUGGGCAGUUUUGUUCCCUGGCUCUAUUACUCCUUUUACUGCUCACCUCAACCCCAACUCAUCUACCUCGUCAUCAUUUGUGUCCUGGGCGUCACGGCCAUCAUGGUGUCGCAGUGGGACCACUUUGCCACCCCACAGUACCGGGCCGUCCGAGCAGGGGUGUUCCUGGGCCUGGGGCUGAGUGGCUUGGUGCCCACACUCCACUUCAUGAUUGCUGAAGGAUUCAUCAAGGCCACGACUGUGGGGCAGAUCGGCUGGCUCUUCCUCAUGGCAAUCCUUUACAUCCUGGGCGUGGGCCUGUACGCUGCCCGAAUCCCCGAACGCUUCUUCCCGGGCAAGUGUGACAUAUGGUUCCACUCCCACCAAAUCUUCCAUGUGCUGGUGGUGGCGGCUGCUUGUGUCCAUCUCCACGGGGUCUCCCAGCUGCAAGCGUUCCGCUCUUCCUUGGGGGGCACCUGCACCGAGAACACUGUGCUCUGAUAGCCUUCCUAGAGCAGACUGACCACCUCUCCUGGACAAGGGCAGCCCUUCACACUGCACUCCGUAUGGACCAAGAGGACAGGGCCUCCCCCCCCCUUAUUAAGGGCACUGCACCUGUUUGAGGAGGGGGCUGUUCCUUCUCCUUCCUUCCUUUGAAGAAAAUUGCUGUGUCUCA